AUGGCUCCCUCAUUCGAUCAGACUACUCGCGCCAGCGAGUUGGUAUCUUACUAUUCUAGCCAAAUCAGGGGCAAGACCAUCCUUAUUACUGGCGUUUCUCCUGGGAGCUUGGGCGAAAGCUUUGUGAAGGAGGUGGCCAAGGGCAAACCUGCAGCCUUCAUCCUCGCUGGUCGUUCCCCAAACAAAUUCCAGCAGCUCGUUGAUUCCCUUGCGAAAGAACAUCCCAGCAUCGCAGUCAAGUCACUCGCCUUAGACUUGACAUCGCUCACCAAAGUCCGGGAAGCUGCCGAGGCCGUCAAUUCAUGGUCGGAUAUACCAUCCAUCGACGUGCUCGUGAACAACGCCGGGAUCAUGGCUGUCCCAUACCGUCUGACCGAAGAUGGUUUUGAAAGUCAGCUUCAAACGAAUCAUCUUGGCCAUUUCCUCUUCACCAAUUUGAUCUUGGACAAGAUCCUAUCCUCUAGGCAACCCCGCAUUGUCAUCGUCACCAGCAUGGGACAUCGGCAAGGCCACAUCCGAUGGGGUGACUACAACUUCAGCAAGGGAGAGUUGUAUGACAAAUGGGCUGCGUACGGACAGUCGAAGUCCGCAAAUGCAUUGACGGCUCUCGCACUGGCCGAAAAGCUCGGCUCGAAGGGGCUUCUCUCGUUCAGCGUGUGUCCCGGCUCCGUCGGGACAAACCUCGCCGCCCACGAGGCACAUGAUAUGGACACUUUCGUGAAGGACUUCCAGGCCGCUGAUGCUCGAGUCGGCACGUCGUGGAUGUUCAGAUCCCCUUUCUACAAGGAUCUGGACCAAGGGGCUGCCACCCACGUAUUUGCGGCAUUUGAUCAGGGCAUUGCGAAGCACAACGGCGCGUACUUGAACCAUUCUCGAGUCGCUGACCCCUAUGCGGAGGAAGUCUGGCCAUGGGUACAGAGUAAGGUCUCGGCCGAUAUGAUGUGGACGCUUAGCGAAAAGCUUGUGGGCCAGGAGUUCAAGUAUUAG